AGACUUUUUGGGUGAAAUAACACGAGUUACUCUCUUGUAAUUGUAAUCACUACUAUAACUUUUUAAUUGUUUAUACAUUAGUACAGACAUGUUCUUUCAUUACUACUGCAGUAUUCCUCCAUCAUGUAGUAAAACUACAGGAGCUGUACUGCUCACACUGACACAAAGGGGAAUUUUGCUGGUUCAGCUCACUUGAGAUCAAAGUGGGCCGUACAUGGGCCUUUACGAUGAGUUUCAUAUCCCUGCUAGGGUUAUAUGCCAUGGCCUUUUUUUCUCAUCUGAUGACUAAACAUGAAGGUGAAUUGUUUUUUAAAAAAAAUGGUGCGUUAACCUCUAUAAGGGUUGAUUAUUAUAGUCUGCUUUAAUAUCAUUGAAUAGAUUUAAACAUUAUGGCUAUAUCAAGCAUCAAAUUAUGAUUUUCGUGUAUAAGUGUAAAUGCAUGAGAAAGGAGUGGAAUGAUGGAGUUGUGAAGAAUGUCGCAAAUGAAUGCAACAAACUGAAGUAGGAAAGGGGUGUGACCAGAGCCUGCACGCGACUUGUCUGGUUCAAUGACGUUUAAACCGUGUUACAUCGCUCAACAUCCGCUCAAUGUUUUCAAAAUAAAAGAUAAUGAAUUAAAUAAAGGCUUUGCUUUUAGACCACUCCUAGUUUAAUAUUGUGCUGUAAAUGCAACAACACUGUGCUGGAGACUCACACAGAGGUACGGUCAAUGUGUUGUCAGGGUAAGGCUAGCUGAUUUAGAAAAGCACUUAAUAAGCACUUAAUUUCGAGGAGUAGACGGAAGUUUCGAGUGGAAACUUUGCUUGAACUAAAAUUAGCCUCUUGGAGAGCAGGAACCCGCUACUGACAGGGAAUAAGUACGCUCGGCAUGGAGCUCCUUCAGCUGCUAUUACCUGCGCUCUUCUUCGUGAAUGUUUUGGGUGAGGAGGGUAUAUCAUAUGUGAAAGUGAUGUUAGGAGACUCGUUUAUUCUUGCUGGAAACUGUGCGAGUGAGGAAGAGGGGACACUUCGCCAAAUACAGCCUCAGUCCCGGGAUGUCGCUGCGCACCGAGACGGAGUUUGGAGACCAGAGGAAAGUUUUAGAGAUCGCAUCAGUCCCAACUCCUCUGUCGUCUUUAACCGCGCAGUUUACACGGACAGCGGACUUUAUGUGUUCAUGUGCGGCGGUCGGGAGGUGUCUGCUGUCCAGGUGGAGGUUGUCGUGUUCUCUGAAACAUCCGUCACAGAGGGAGAAGCGCGCAGCCUGUCCUGCUACUAUCCAACUACAGCUGGCACCUGCUGGUCUGUGCGCUGGGUUAAAGACGGGGAAGAUGUGUUAAGGAGAGACUCGUGCGGUGGUAAAAGUAACUGGACUGCUGAUGGUCGACUGUCUCUGUCAGCUGAUUGGCUCUCACACGGAGACCUGUCAUUAAACCUGCAGCGGGCUCGGAGGGAAGAUCAGGGGGAUUAUUUCUGUUACAUCCAAAAAGAAGGCAGAGGGGAACAGAGGGGGACACCAGCUGCUGCGAGGCUGAAGGUCAGUGAGAGAAGCCCGGAUCAGACCACCAGCACUCCUCCCCCUACAUCGGUGUCUCCGACACAGACGACUUCAGAAGUAAGCGGACUGGGAACUCUGGCCGCUGUCUGCAUCACAGCUGUGGUGUUUUUGGUCGGCCUUGUGUGUGGAUGGCUCCUGAAAUCUCACUGCUCCACGUACUUGUCACAUCUUCUCCGACGCUUUGGAUCCGGCGGUGGACGACAUGAUGUAGAUGGGGCGUCGGAGGCUCUGAGCCAUCCUCCUCCUCUGCAGAUGAAUGGCCACCAUCCAUCAAAUACGUCCCGGGCAGACGUCUGAAGA